AUGCAAUGGGUUCCUGAUCCAACAAAGGCUUUGAAGAAGGUCAUAUGGCAGCAUGGUUCUUUCCAAUCAGACCUGCCUCCCAAGGCUAAGAUUGCAGGAGGCCUUUGUACAUGGAUGAUAAAACCAGAGAUUCUGGCAGCCAAUCCACAGUGGAUUACUGAAGGUUAUGUCUAUAGGAGCAGACCCAAAUGGGGCAAAGCUGAAGGCAAGGAGCAAGCAACGCACAAGCCAAAGAAGCUAAAAUUCAAGGCAAAUCCAGACUUACAAGCAGUCCAACAAACACAAGGUGUAUGGCUUGAGGCUAAGCAGAAGUACACAAAUUGGAUGAAAUCUUGGGCAUAUGGAACCAAAGCUGGUGGUAGUGAGUCAUGUCUGUCUUAA